UGGAAGUCCCGCAGCUGCAGCCAUGAAGUGCCUCCUGCUCGCUCUCAGCGUGGCCCUGGUGUGCGGCACCCAGGACAUCUUUGUGCCCCAGACCGGGGAGGACCUGGACGUCCAGAAGGUGGCCGGGACCUGGUACUCCAUGGCCAUGGCAGCCAGCGACCUCGCCCUGCUGAGCACCCAGGACGCCCCCCUGAGGAUGUACGUCAAGGAGCUGCGGCCCACCCCCCAGGGCGACCUGGAGAUCAUGGUGCACAGACGGGAGGACGGCAGCUGUGUCCAGGGCAAGAUCUUCGCGGAGAAAACCGAGGUCCCUGCCGAGUUCAAGAUCAACACCAGGACCCCGAAGGUGGACCAGGUGGCCAUGGAGCAGUUCGGCCGGGCCAUGAAGCUGCUGCCCAUACACGUCCAGAUGGUCUUCACCCCGGCCCAGGCGGAAGGUGACGCCUCCAGCCGGGCACGCCUGGUCUCCCCCGACGACCCCCUGAGGCUGGCUCUCCGUUCCAUCGAGACGCGGGACGGGGACCUGGAGUUCGUCUUGUUCUGGACGUAA